CAUGAGUCACCUCCUCUUCCUCUGUGAUCUAUUCUACAUACUCACGUAUUUACUAUUAAUGGCACCAUACGAUGACUGGAACCGGGUGGACGAAGACGAGGAAGACGAACUACAGGAUGCUGCAUUCUUCGACGCCAAGAAGGACGUGAUACUGUUUUGCAUCGACUGUUCUCCCUCGAUGCUUGCUCUUCGACCAGAUCAUGAAGACGAGACCAAGAUGACAAGUCAUCUAUAUGCUGCGCUAAAUAGUGCAAUGAAUCUUCAGAAGCGCAAAGUUGUUACAGGCCCGAAUGAUUCAUUUGGCAUCUUGCUGUUCAAUACGACUCGAAAACCAGAUACACCGCGUACCCAAGGCUCUGAAAUAAAAAAGAACAUGUUUCUGUAUCAACCUAUUGGUCCCAUCUCUGCGCCGACAAUUCAAGAAUUGAUCCAGCUCCUCAACGCUGCACAAGAGGACUCUGAUGAGAUACAGAAACAAUUCCCCCCCUGCGAUUCUCGUGUCGCUAUGGGGGACGUUUUUACCAGCUGCAAUUGGGUGAUUCGUGACGGUGCCCCCAAAACGGCCACAAAACGUGUCUUCUUGAUCACUGAUGAGGACGACCCUCACCCUCUAUCCAAGCAGCUGAAAAUCUCUGCACAAACGACUCUCGAGGAUCUAGCGCAGGCAGGAGUUAUUGUAGAGCCAUUCUUUAUUCAAAGCGAAGACAGGCGUUUCGAUGUGACCAAGUUCUAUUCUUCUGUGUUGCAAACAAAUGCCUUUGCUGAUGAUGUCGACUCAGACCCCUCCAUCCUCAACCAAUCCAUAUCCAUAUCUAGAAUAGAAGACCUUCUUUCUCAAAUGAAGUUCCGCGAAGUGGCAAAGCGGGCGCUCUUCAACAUCCCAUUUGAAUUAGCUAAAGGGCUUACCAUUGGUGUGAAGGGUUAUGGCCUCGUGACGGAACAGAAAAAAGGCGAAUACAAAUAUUUUGUGGACUUGGGAGACCGAUUGGAAGCGGCAACGGUCAAAACAGGACAGCUCGAUGAGGAUCGGCAAGUCGAAGUCGAUAAAUCCAAUAUCGUUUACGGGAUGGCAGUCGUUGGUGCUGCUCCGAGCAAUGGUGAUGCCGAAGACGAUAGUAUGGCAGCAACUAAGGUCGUAAAAUCUGGCCAACGGCCGUUUUACACUGCAGACGAGAUGAGAUCCUUCCGUACAUUGGGGUUGGAACCUGGCUUAAAACUCUUAGGUUUUAAACCACGUGACACCAUCAAGUUCGAGGAUAAUGUCAAGCAUUCGCUCUUCUUAUAUCCUGAAGAAAAUACUUACGCUGGUUCCAAACGCACUUUUAGUGCUCUUCUAAAAUCAAUGAUCAAGAAGAAGGUGGCAGGUCUAGCAAGAGGAGUUCUACGACGAAAUUCUACCCCAACAAUCUACGCAGUCCUUCCUCAGGAAGAAGACGUAGAUGAGAUGGAGCCCGCUGGAUUCCAUAUCAUUCCCCUACCCUUUGCAGACGACAUUCGCUCUGCGCCUAUCGAUGAAGGCUACAUUGCUUCGGAUGAUUUAAAGGACAAGGCUCGGGCUUGGAUAAACAAGAUGACAAUAAAAUCUGGUUAUGUACCAGAUUCUUAUCCCAAUCCCGCCUUAGCAUUUCACUAUGAUCAACUAGAAGCGAGUGCAUUUCGUGAAGAGUUUAACCCACAUGCAUUUGAAGAUUUGACUGAACCGAAUGUUGACCUUAUCCACGCUAAAGCGGGGAAGCUCCUGAAAGAAUGGAAAGUUGAAUUGGCUAAUGAUGAUAGUGCGACUUUGGUCAUUCCCGUUACUGGUUCAAAACGAAAACCGGAUGAUGCAUCUAACGACGGUAUUGACGUGGCGGAAAUCAAAAGUAGGUUCGAAUCGGGCUCACUAAUGAAGUUGAAGGUUGACCAGUUGAAGGCAUUCUGUCGAAGCCAAAAUCUUUCGACUUCAGGAAAAAAGGCCGAUUUGAUACAGCGAGUCGAGGAUUGGUGCAAUUCGCAUUGAUAAGGUGUGCACUGGAAAAGACAUACGAUCGUCAUAUACAUGUUGCGUCUGUCUGCGCGGAUCGCUACGAUAUACGAGAGUGGCUAGUACAUGAGGGUAGGUAGCGCAGUCAUGUAUCCUCGAUAUAGUAAGUAAAGAAUAUAAAAGGAAA